AUGGGCAGGAUAAUUUUUUACGAGGACAGGAACUUCCAGGGUCGUUCCUAUGACUGCAGCAGCGACUGCUCCGACCUUGGCAUGCACCUGAGCCGCUGCAACUCCUGCAGGGUGGAGAACGGCUGCUUCGUGGUGUACGACCGCUCCAACUUUAUGGGUAAUCAAAUCUUCCUGAGGAGAGGAGAGUACUCUGAUGUCCUGCGUAUGGGAAGCAUGAUGAGCAUGGGGACGAUGGGCAUGGCCACGAUGGAGACCAUUCGCUCCUGUCGCAUGAUCCCCAUGUACAGGGGACAGUUCAGGAUGAGGAUCUACGAGAGGGAGAACUUUGGAGGCCAGAUGCAUGAAGUGAUGGAGGACUGCGAGUCUCUCCAGGAUCGCUACCGCAUGUCUGACUGCCAGUCCUGCAACGUGAUGGAUGGCCACUGGCUGAUGUUUGAGCAGCCCAACUACAGAGGCAGGAUGAUGUACCUGAGGCCAGGAGAGUACCGGACCAUGAGGGACAUCAGCAACGUCAUGAGAUUUAGCUCCAUCAGACGUAUUACAGACGUUUGCUGA